UGAUUAUAUCAACAAUAUCCAAAUUUUGCUAGAAACAGAAGUCUACCUAGCUGAGAGCAUUCAACAAUGGCUGAGGCUCUUCUGAAGGCCACUCUUCUGAGCCAAAUUCAGGCCACACAUAAGUGUGAUGAACGAAUCCUUGAAGAAGUCGAAAAUCUUCUCUGCCUCAUUGAAGACAUUCUUGAUCAUCCUUUCCAGGAUGAUGAUAAUGCCAAGGAUGAACAACUACGCAAAGAGGAAAAAACCCGCAAAAGACAAGUUACUUCCAUGCUUGAGGAACACAACUACACCAUUGACAGCAUUGGCUACGAGAUAGCGAAUAAGAUCUCUAGUAGAGAGAAUUCAGACAUAAUAACAUUGGACAUACUCAACUUGUUAAGCAACUAUGAAUGGAAUGCUAAAUUGGUGCUGGUUCUAGCAGCUUUCGCUUUUAACUAUGGUGAAUCCUGGGACCUGGUUUUUUUAUCAGAAAAACGCACCGGCACAAAUAAACUUAGUCCCCAGCUUGAUGCACUUAAGCAUCUGGUUAAGGCAAUGUUGGACUUGACCUGGUGCAUUGCUAGGAUCAAGAAACCAUCCUCCAGAGAGAUGUCUGACAUCUCAAUACAUGCUACCUAUUGGAUCAUCAAAAGUGUUGUGGCUUGUGCAUCUCAGAUUACUAGCUUCACCGAUAUGGGUUUUGGUUACGAAAUAUCAGAGGAAGGAGAAGAAGAAGAAGAAGAAGAAAAAGAAGAGUUAUCCGGCUUGGGCUGCUUGGCAGAAGAACUCGUAAAGCUCCAAUGUGAAUUCUAUGAAACGAUGCGAAAGGUACCAGAUGAAGCUUAUAAGGACUUUUUGCGCAUGUACGAUGUGAACAGCAUUGGCAUCUUGGGGGUUAUCAACUCUUUUUUUAACGAGGAGAAUAACCAGCUGCCGCUUGUUCAUGGAGCCACCAAGAGAAAGGUAAAGCUUGACGUCCUAGAGGAAAAACAUGUCCUGCUGCUCAUAUCAGACCUAGAUAUCUCACAAGAAGAGAUUUCCAUUCUUGAAAAGAUAUACCUUCAGGAUCAGGAGAGUCGGCCGUAUGAGGUAGUGUGGCUCCCAAUUCUAGACCCAAAAACCAGAUGGAAUACUCUUGACAAGCAAAAGAAAUUUAAGAGUCUUCAGGAAGCUAUGAAAUGGUAUAGUGUGCAGCAACCUUCAUUGAUUGAUACGAAUGUCAUAAAAUUUAUAAAGGAAAAGUGGGAUUUUCAAAAGGAGCGUGUUGUUGUGCCGUUAGACCAAAAAGGACAGGUUUUAAGUCCCAGUAAUGCACUCCAUUUGAUGUGGAUUUGGGGUAAUAAGGCCUUCCCUUUCACCGAAGAAAUGGAGGAAGAGUUAUGGAAGAAAGCAACUUGGUGUCUUGAAUUCCUGGUGGAUGACAUUGACAAAGUGAUUCUCAAAUGGAUAGCAGAAGGAAGACACAUUUGCUUGUAUGGAGGAGAGGACAUAAAAUGGAUCCGAAAAUUUACAAAAACUGCACAUUGUGUUGCUGAAGAAGCAGGUAUCGCCCUGGGAAUGGUUUAUGUGGGAAAGAGCAAUCGAAAUCAUAGUGUUCGCAGGAACACCGCAACCGUAGCUGUGGAGAAACUCAGCCACUACUGGAGUGACUCAACCUCAAUUUGGCACUUCUGGGUUAGGCUGAAGAGCAUGAAGCGCUCCAAAGAUAAGCUGCGCAAAACUGUUGAAAAUGACCAAAUAAUGCGCGAAAUCUCGACAAUGCUCAGCUAUGAUAACAGUAAAUAUGGAUGGGCCUUGUUUGCUAAAGGUUCCACCGAAAUGGUGGGUUUUCUGCCGGCACUACGUGAUCACCUUAAGCGGCUCUCAGUACCAGAUUAUCAAAUAAGUGAACUGCCAAUAACGGAGCCAGAUAAUCUAUCAAGUGAACUGCAAGUAAAGCAGCUCUCAGAACCGUAUCGGCAACCGUACCAAAUUGUGCUACCCGUUAAUGGUGCGACCGCACCAGAAGGAAGGCAUUGCGAUAAAUGUAGCCGCCCCAUGGAGAUGAGGUUCAUCAUAUAUGAGUGCUCCUCGUGCACUGAUGAAUAAAUAAACAGCUCAGAAGAGCCACAUGUUAUGUUAUAUUACCAAUGAUGCAAUACUGCUAGCUUAGCUUCAUGCAUGGUGAGAUUGCUUGCAGUGAGUAGGAAGUUUGGAAUAAUACUAAUUACUGAGUGUGAGUGUGAGUGUGAGUGUGAGUGUUAAGAAACAGUCAGUGUGUUCGUUCUCUUGUUCGCUAUGCUUUGAAUAAAUUGUUUGUUUGUUCUUUCAA